GCUUGGGGACCUUAUAACUCAGGUCACCCCGGAGUUUCACUUUUGGGUACAGACCAAGGUCACUGGGACGGCUCACACUGGGAGAGAAGAGCUCAGGACUGAGGAAAGUGACAAACUACUGCUUUUCCAGGUGGCCAACCACCAUUGUGGAACCAAAUGGACUCCAUUGAGCCUGUAGGGUUGCAGCAUGGGGAAGGAGCCCCGGGCUGUCCCUCAGACAGCUCUGAGCUGGUGCAAAAGUGCUUGCAGCAGUUCAAGGUGACAGAAGCGCAGCUGCGGCAGAUCCAAGCCAGCCUGCUAGACUCCAUGGAGCAGGCGCUGAAGGGGCACACCAGCCCUGCUCCUGCCGUCCGGAUGCUGCCCACCUAUGUGGGCUCCAUACCGCAUGGCACUGAGCAAGGAGACUUCGUGGUGCUGGAACUGGGAGCCACAGGGGCCACACUGCACAUUUUGUGGGUAACCCUUACGGGCAUUGGGGGGCCCAGGACGGAGCCCAGGAGCCAGGAGUUUGUGAUUCCCCAGGAGGUGAUGCUGGGACCUGGCCAGCAGCUUUUUGACUUUGCCGCCCGCUGCCUGUCUGAGUUCCUGGAUGCGCUCCCCGUGGGCAAUCGGCGCCUACAACUUGGGUUCAGUUUCUCUUUUCCUUGUCACCAGACACACCUGGACAGGAGCACCCUCAUUUCCUGGACCAAAGGUUUUAGGUGCAGUGGUGUGGAAGGCCAGGAUGUGGUCCAGUUGCUGAGAGAUGCCAUCAAGAGGCAGGGGGCCUACAGCAUUGACGUGGUUGCCGUGGUGAACGACACAGUGGGCACCAUGAUGGGCUGCGAGCCGGGCGUCGGGCCCUGUGAGGUCGGGCUCAUUGUGGACACGGGCACCAAUGCAUGCUACAUGGAGGAGACACGGCAUGUGGCGGUGCUGGAUGAGGACCGGGGCCGCAUCUGCGUCAGCGUAGAGUGGGGCUCCUUUGGCGAUGAAGGGGCCCUGGGGCCAGUGCUCACCGUCUUUGACCGUGCCCUGGACCACAAGUCCCUGAAUCCUGGGGCCCAGAGGUUUGAGAAGAUGAUUGGGGGCCUGUACCUGGGUGAACUGGUGCGGCUAGUGCUGGUUCAUCUGGCCCGGCGAGGGGCGCUCUUUGGAGGCUCCACUUCCUCCCCACUGCUGACCCGCGGCAGCAUCCUGCUGGAGCACGUGGCUGAAAUGGAGGACCCCAUUGGCGGAGCAGCCCGGGCACAUGUCAUCCUGCAGAGCCUGGGCCUGAGACCGGGGGCCGCGGACGCUGCGCUCGUGCAGCUCGUGUGCGCGGCCGUGACCGCGCGAGCCGCCCACCUCUGCGCCGCGGCCCUGGCAGCGGUCCUCUCCCGCCUCCAGCGUAGCCGGGAGCAGCUAGCGCUCCAGAUCGCCGUGGCCACCGGAGGCCGAGUGUUUGCGCAACGCCCCAGCUUUCUCAGCAUCCUGCAGGAGACGGUGAUGCUGCUGGCCCCUGAAUGUGAUGUCUCCUUUGUCCCCUCUGUGGACGGGGGCGGCCGGGGAGUGGCCAUGGUGACCGCCGUGGCUGCCCGCCUGGCCGCCCACCGGCGCCUGCUGGAGGAGACCCUGGCGCCGUUGCGGUUGAACCGGGAGCAGCUGGCAGCAGUGCAGGCGCAGAUGCGGGAAGCCAUGGCAAGGGGGCUUCGCGGGGAGGCCUCCUCCCUCCGCAUGCUGCCCACUUACGUCCGCUCCACGCCCGACGGCAGCGAGCGGGGGGACUUCCUGGCCCUGGAUCUCGGGGGCACCAACUUCCGGGUCCUCCUGGUGCGUGUGACUGCGGGAGGCGUGCGGAUCACCAAUCAGGUCUACUCCAUCCCAGAGAGUGUGGCCCAGGGCUCUGGGCGGCAGCUUUUCGACCAUAUCGUGGACUGCAUCGUGGACUUCCAGGAGAAGCAGGGCCUGAGCGGGCAGAGCCUCCCCCUGGGUUUCACCUUCUCCUUCCCCUGCAGGCAGCUGGGCCUGGACCAGGUCUCCAGCUGCCUGCAUCUCCAGGGUAUCCUCCUGAACUGGACCAAAGGUUUCAAUGCCUCGGAAUGUGAGGGCCAGGACGUGGUGUGUCUGCUGCGGGACGCCAUUGGGCGCAGACAGGCAGUGGAGCUGAAUGUGGUUGCCAUUGUCAAUGACACGGUGGGGACCAUGAUGUCCUGUGGCUACGAGGACCCCCGUUGUGAGGUCGGCCUCAUCGUUGGAACGGGCACCAAUGCCUGCUACAUGGAGGAGCUCCAGAACGUGGCCGGCGUGCCCGGGGACUCGGGCCACAUGUGCAUCAACAUGGAGUGGGGCGCCUUUGGGGAUGAUGGCUCGCUGGGAGCACUCAGCACCCACUUUGAUGCCAGUGUGGACCAGGCAUCCAUCAACCCUGGCGAGCAGAGGUUUGAGAAGCUGAUCAGUGGCAUGUACCUGGGAGAGAUUGUCCGUCACAUCCUCUUGCAUUUGACCAGCCUUGGGGUUCUCUUCCGGGGCCAGCAAAGCCAGAGCCUCCAGACCAGGGACAUCUUCAAGACCAAGUUUCUAUCCGAGAUCGAAAGUGACAGCCUGGCCCUGCGGCAGGUCCGAACCAUCCUGGAGGACCUGGGGCUGCCCCUCACCUCGGACGACGCCCUGGUGGUCCGAGAGGUGUGCCAGGUAGUGUCCCGGCGGGCUGCCCAGCUGUGUGGGGCGGGCGUGGCUGCUGUGGUAGAGAAGAUCCGUGAGAACCGGGACCUGGAAGAGCUGACCGUGUCUGUAGGGGUGGAUGGGACCCUCUACAAGCUGCACCCCCACUUCUCUGGCCUGGUGGCGGCCACUGUGCGGGAUCUGGCCCCCUGCUGCAAGGUCACCUUUCUACAAUCAGAGGAUGGGUCCGGCAAAGGCGCGGCCUUGGUCACCGCGGUGGCCUGCCGCCUUGCCCAGACAAGCCAGGCCUGAGGACGUCUCCGGGAACCACAGCCCUCAGUCCUAGCCUAUCCCAGCACCUGGGGGUACGCCCCUCCAACGGCCAUCUGGCCUUAGUCCCCGGCUCUCCCCGAAAGAAGCAGCACUUGGGUUAACAAUAUAUAUAUAUAUAUUUAUUUA